AUGCUUGAUGCUUAUUAUAAUUACAAAAAGAUAUGUGCAAUUCCGAUUUUACAUUACAUUGUUUUAACCUUUGGGCAGUCAAUGAGUAAUGUUCAAACAAUUAUCACGUUCUUGGAAAUAACCAUGACCAUAGGCAUUUUCUUGAUGUGGACAAUAAAAAACAUUGUGCUCAUUGUUUUGAUAAGCUUAGAAUGUGAAAGCUUUUUUAUAACUCUCAAAAACACUCAAAUCGUUCUUUUGAUGACUGAAUUGAAAGAAUGUUCAGUGGAAAACCGGUUAUUGUACAAAAUUCUGCUGCGAGAGUGCAGAGCAUCGAGCGAAGCAGUGAGCGCCUGCGGCAUUGUUUCGGUGGACGCUGUACUACCGCUGCGUCUACUCUCCGUCAUCGUCACUUACACAAUAGUCCUCUUACAAUUUGCCUUUUUGUAA